AUGACGCAAAUAAUCCCCCUUUCCCUCUUUUGCCUCCUCGGCUCUCUUCUCUUCGUUCCCCCGGCCUCUUCUUGGUGCGAUGAGGAGCUGAGUGGGCUUUGGAAACUGUUUACCGGAGCCUCAAAGAAGACCAAAGUGAGCCAACUUCGUUUUCCUUCGCCGGCCAAAUCCAACCAAAUUACUCUUUUGCUAAUUCCCCCGCCCCGCCUCUGGCUGCUGCCAGUCCUUUUCCCGCUGCAGUGGACUCCAGUCCGCAGCAGCAGCAGCAGCAGCAGCAGCAGCAGCAGCCACAGCGCGCCGCAGCAGCCACUGCAGCAAGAGCCACAGCAACAACCACAGCAACCCCAGCAGCAGCAGCAGCAACCCCAGCAGCAGCAGCACCAGCCCCAGCAGCAGCAGCCCCAGCAGCAGCAGCAGCAGCAGCAGCAGCAGCAGCAGCAGGAGCAGCAAGUUCGCGUUUCGUGGUUUUCUCUGAACUUGCACUUGCGGCUGCUGCUGCACAUCUUCGGAGAUAUCCACCAGCCAAUGCAUGCGGGGAGUCUGUACACCCGGGACUUCCCUGACGGCGACGAGGGGGGAAACUUGAUUCCCGUGCAUCUCCCCGAACACCCCCACAUCGCAAACCUGCACCAACUCUGGGACUCCGCCGGCGCCGUUUUCAAAAAGCCCUUUCACAGAUUCUCUUGGGAAGAAAUUCAAAAAGCGGCUAAAGAUAUCAUUGCGGAGUUCCCGAGAGAAAGUUUGUUAAAUAGACUUUCUGGAGAACUUGCGGGAACAAACUUCAAAGCAAUUGCUGAAGAAGGAUCCCAAAUAGCCCUUACUGUGGGCUACAAAGAGUUCGACUGGACUUCGUUUUCAAAAGCCGCGCUGCCCUACAGGCCUUCCAAGUCUUAUGUACAGACAGUCCAAUUCACCACUCGGCAGCAGCUCGCAGUCGCCGGCUACAGACUCGCCCAUUUGCUGCACUCCCUAUCUUCCACUUUCCCGGACCCCCAGCAGCAGCAGCAGCAGCAGCAGCAGCAGGUGAUGCAGCAGCAGCAGCAGCAGGUGAUGCAGCAGCAGCAGCAGCAGCAGGUGAUGCAGCAGCAGCAGCAGCAGGGGCAGGUGAUGCCCCAGCAGCAGCAGCAGGGGCAGGUGAUGCAGCAGCAGCAGCAGCAGCAGGGGCAGGUGAUGCAGCAGCAGCAGCAGCAGCAGGGGCAGGUGAUGCAGCAGCAGGAGCUGGCGGAGUUGCUGUUUUCUUAUGGAGGAGCUGAGGCUGGGGAGCUCGGUGCUGCAGCAGAGGGCUCGGGAGUUUCCCAGGCAGCAGCAGCAGCAGCAGCAAAGUUUUUUCAAAAUUUGAAAACAGAAAAAGAAAAAGAAAUGGAGACACAAAAGCUGAGCAGCAGCAGCAGCAGCAGCAGCAGCAAAACAAACAAAACACAGGGGCCCCCAUCAAGUCCCAAACAAAUUCCUCUUGUGGUCAAAAUGGCUUUUGAAAAACAGCCAGGGGGCCCCCCAGCCCCCCAACGGGGGGAGCCAGAGGGGGCCCCCCUGGGCCCUGGGGGCCCCCCGCAGCGGGGGGGGGCCCCAGAGCUUGGGGGGCCCCCCGGGGGCCCCUGGGGCCCCCCGGGGGCCCCCGGGGGCCCCUGGGGGCCCCUCUAUAGCGAGGGGCCCCGCAGAGCUGCCCGGCGUUUGCCGAAAGAGAUUGGGGCCCUUGGGGGGGAGUUGGGGGCGCAUGCAGGGGGCCCCGUGGUGACAGUUACGGAAUUGUGA